GUCGGCUCCGUACCAUACCGGAAAGUUUACCUUUAUCCUGACACGUAGCAACCACAACCAAGUUGGCAGUCCUCUGGGUAGAUUUGUCAAACAUCACGGUGUGAGAGAUGUCAGGGUUUGACAAUUUCAACACAGACUUUUACCAGUCCAGCUACAGUGUAGAUGACCAAAAACAAGGCUACACGAACGCUGAACCCCCCCACAACAAGCAAUACGAUGGUCAGUACGACUACUCUCAGCCCAUGGGAUACUCUCCCCCAGGGAUGAUGCAACCCCAGCAACCCUACACGGGACAAAUCUUCCAGCCCGCGCAGACCUACACCCCAUCCCCAUCACAAUCCAUGUAUAGUAGCAGCUUUGAUGACGAGCCGCCGCUGCUAGAAGAAUUAGGAAUCAACUUUGACCACAUCUGGCAGAAGACGCUGACAGUGCUCCAUCCAAUGAAAGCAGCAGACGGCAGCAUCAUGAAUGAGACAGACCUGGCUGGCCCCAUGGUCUUCUGUUUGGCCUUCGGAGCGACGCUUCUCCUGUCAGGUAAGAUCCAGUUCGGCUACGUGUACGGUAUCAGUGCAAUCGGCUGCCUCGGCAUGUACUGCCUACUCAACCUGAUGAGUAUGACGGGUGUCUCCUUCGGCUGUGUGGCCAGCGUGCUGGGAUACUGCCUCCUCCCUAUGAUCCUCCUCUCCAGCUUUGCAGUCCUCCUCUCUUUACAGGGCAUGGUGGGAAUUAUACUAACAGCAGCAAUCAUUGGCUGGUGCAGUCUUUCAGCCUCAAAGAUCUUCAUCUCUGCGUUGGCCAUGGAUGGGCAGCAGCUGUUGGUUGCUUACCCAUGCGGCCUCUUAUAUGGGGUCUUUGCACUCAUUUCUGUCUUCUAAAAAAUCUUUAUGUAAUGGUUUGAAAAAACGCUCUCUUAAACAACACCAAGAUAUAUUUUUUUCUUCUUUUUUUUUUAAAGCAUCCACCUCUCACUACAUUCCAACUUGACCAUCUGCAGGCUGGAGUGUAGCGUCUCACUCGUGUCUGCUCUCCACUUUGUUCCCCUCAUACACCUUAAAGGAAAGGACCGUCAAAUAGACUUGGUGAGAAAUAAAUCAUGGGGACCAUGUUGAGCCUUGAACGACCUAGUACAGUCCUAUGAUUUUUAUGGACAUGAUGGCUCAAGGAAGCUAGCAAUUUUAGUUAAUAGUUCACACACGGGGCAAUUUAAUUUGGACACCGACAGGAGAAGGAUCUCACGCUAAGGACUGAUAACCAACCCUCAGCCAACCCUGCAGACUGAUUUGAAGCCAGUCGAAACAACAUGAUUUCUGCAAAAGCUGUGCAAUGUGAGCCUCGUCCGGCAAACCCCAACACAUAGUAAACCUGCAAGACUAAGGGAAACGCCCACUUUCCUUCUGUGCAAUACCUUCGAUAGCUAAUUGUACUCCACCACCCAGAAAAGGUGGAAUCUCUUCUUCUAUAUCUUCUUCUCUCCAGGACUGAGCGAGUCAGGAGUCUCAUCAUUUGCGCGUCACAGCAGUGAUCUGAUCUUUGAUGUAAAAUCAGCAUCUCUGCUAUAACGUCUCGUGUAGAGUUUUAUGAUAUUCUCUUUUGAUAUCCUUGAAGAAGAAAACACAGUUUGCACAAAACCAAACGACAACCAGUUUGAUUCGGUGUUGAGAAUUUAAAUUUAGAGACAUACUGAAUAUUUCUAGGUACACACAUAGAGGCUGUUGCUAUAGUUUGCAUCCUUUUACGUUUCUCAAAUCUUUAUUUGAGUCGAUUCACUCUGUAUGCUUUAAUGUUUCCUCUGGUGUUCAUGUCUUCUCAUGCACAUUAAAAUUUGAAAUUGAUCUCCUUGUGAUAUUAAAAGCGUACAUUGCAUGGUCAAGCAGAUAACUCUAAGAAGUGGUGUAACCUCUUUUCAAGUGAGAAUGAGACAGUUUCCUACAGCUGUGUGUUAAAAGAAAUGCAGAGGUUUCACUGGAAGAAGUCGGUGUUUGAUGCAUAAUUAAAUUUUUUUUUUUUUUAACUAGCUGGGAAGAUUUGAUCACAGCUGGUUGGUAGAUCACAGGAAAUAUUCUGCAUCCUUUGAACCGCGCUAUUGUCAUUGUUCCUGCUUCUUAGGUCCAAACUUUCAGGGUUUAAAAAUGAGAUUUGUAAUUUGAAAAGUGAAUGGAGACAUUUCUCUGUGGACAUUAGCCUCUAGCACUAAGGUUUGGUCAGGUGAGAGCAACAUUAUCAAUCAUCUCUUCUGCCUAAAGCCACUGUUUAAAGUACUCUUAAAGGCCUUCUACCACUAAUGUAGGCAUUAGUUAUUGACGAGUGCAGCAUGCUUUUGCAGUAAAACCUCACCGUCUUUACACCCUUUAAUCCCACAAUAAAACUAAAUACAUCUAAA